UUCCGGGUUGGGCUGGCGCAGGCUGUACGGUGUGUGAGGGGACGGCGGCGGUGAGUUCUGUUGAAACGAAAAAACACUCUGAUUUGUACUCCCAUCUUCAAAUUGACUUAUGUAGCAACCAUGAAGUUGAAGGAGACAAAAUCAAGGCCAAAGCCAGCAAGCCGUGCCAGAUUUCAUACAAAGGGCAUCAAAGUUGUGGGAAAAUGGAAGCAGGUGACAAUCGAUCCAAAUCUGUUUGCAGAUGGACAGAUGGAUGACUUGGUGUGCUUUGAGGAACUGACAGAUUACCGUUUAGUUUCCCCUGCCAGGAAUCCCUCUGGUUUCUUCUCAAAUGAAGAACCCAAAAAGAGAAAGGCCCAAGCUGUUUCAGAAGAAGAGGAGGAAGGAGAGUCCAGUUUGCCAAAGAAAAAGAUCAAGUUGAAGAAUCGCAAAGAUGUGGUACUGAUUGCCGAAGGAAAUACUGCCGAGGAUGGAUUUGAAGUCAAAGAUUCUGAGCCAGAGACUCAGGAAGAUGCCACUGUUUGUUCUAAUCAAAAGGUAGCAGGAGCAGCAUCGGAAAACCUGGCCCAGGCUGUUCCCAAAAAGAAGAAAAACAAAGGGAAAAAAAAACUAGACACUUCCCAGAGCACUGCCCCUAAAUUGCCCAAGAAAGCAAAGACAUGGAUGCCUGAAGUGCAGGACCAGAAGGCAGAUGUGUCAGCCUGGAGAGAUCUGUUGGUGCCCAAGGCCGUUCUCCGAGCACUCAGCUUUCUAGGCUUCUCUGCACCUACCCCAAUCCAAGCUCUGACUCUGGCCCCUGCCAUCCGUGACAAACUGGACAUUCUUGGAGCCGCUGAGACAGGAAGCGGGAAAACCCUUGCUUUUGCCAUCCCGAUGAUUCAUGCAGUGCUGCAGUGGCAUAAGAUGAAGGCUCCACCCAUCCCUAUUAGCACUGGCGUGCCACCAAGGGAGACCAGGUUAGGAGCUGCAGCCGAUCUCAGAUCACCUUGCAAGGAUGGCGCUGAGUCUGGAGUGUUGCCUGAGGGGGCCGGAAUUGAGAAUGAAGCACAGCCCAGUGAAGCUGGAGCCCAGGCCAAACCCCAGCGUGGUGCCUCUGCCUCAGCCCAGCUCUUCCGUGAUGAUGAUGCUGGUGAAGGACCUUCUUCCUUGGUUGAGGAAGAGCUUGUCCCCAAGCAAAAUGAGGACAGAGAAGAAAAGCUGGAUGAAGAGCAGGCUGGGAAGUUAAAACAGGAAUCAUGUGACCAAAUUGCUGCCUAUAAAGUACCCCCAAGGCGUCCUCUGCUGGGACUGGUCCUGACUCCCACUCGAGAGCUGGCUGUCCAGGUCAGACAACACAUUGAUGCUGUGGCCAAGUUUACAGGGAUUAAAACAGCGAUUUUAGUUGGUGGAAUGUCCACACAGAAACAGCAAAGGAUGCUGAACCGCCAUCCCGAGAUUGUGAUCGCCACCCCUGGUCGGCUUUGGGAGCUAGUUAAAGAAAAACAUCCUCAUUUGAGCAACCUCCGGCAGCUCAGGUGCCUGGUGAUAGAUGAGGCUGAUCGGAUGGUUGAGAAAGGCCAUUUUGCUGAACUCUCCCAGCUGCUAGAGCUGCUAAAUGACUCCCAGUAUAACCCGAAUCGACAAACUCUUGUUUUUUCUGCCACGCUAACGCUGGUACACCAAGUUCCAGCUCGACUCCUUCAUAAGAAGCAUGUGAAGAAAAUGGAUAAAACCACCAAACUUGACCUUCUUAUGCAGAAGAUUGGCAUGCGGGGCAAGCCAAAAGUCAUUGACCUCACAAGGAAUGAGGGUACAGUGGAGACACUGACGGAGACCAAGAUCCACUGUGAGACUGAUGAGAAAGACUUGUAUCUCUACUACUUCCUCAUGCAGUACCCAGGUCGUAGCCUGGUGUUUGCCAACAGCAUCUCCUGCAUUAAACGCCUCUCUGGACUCCUCAAGGUCCUGGAUAUCAUGCCACUGACUCUCCAUGCCUGCAUGCACCAGAAGCAAAGGCUCAGAAACCUGGAGCAGUUUGCUCGUCUGGAGGACUGUGUUCUCUUGGCAACAGAUGUAGCAGCUCGAGGUCUGGAUAUUCCUAAAGUUCAGCAUGUCAUCCACUACCAGGUACCCCGCACUUCAGAGAUUUAUAUCCACCGAAGUGGUCGGACUGCUCGUGCUACCAGUGAAGGCCUCAGCUUGAUGCUGAUUGGGCCCGAGGAUGUGAUUAACUUCAAGAAGAUUUACAAAACUCUCAAGAAAGACGAGGACAUCCCACUGUUCCCGGUGCAGGCAAAGUACAUGGAUGUAGUCAAGGAGCGGAUCCGUCUAGCCCGGCAGGUUGAAAAAGCUGAGUACCGGAACUUCCAGGCUUGUCUACACAACUCCUGGAUGGAGCAGGCAGCGGCAGCCCUCGAGAUUGAGCUAGAAGAAGAGAUGUACAAAGGAGGAAAAGCUGACCAGCAAGAAGAACGUCGGCGACAGAAGCAAAUGAAAAUUUUGAAGCAGGAGCUACGCCAUUUGCUCUCCCAGCCACUCUUCCAAGAGAAUCAGAAGACCAGGUACCCCACACAGUCUGGCAGGCCACCUCAGCCUGUGGUGGCCCCCAGGAAUGAGUCUGCGCUGAACUGCCUCUCCAGACAGAAGAGGAGGAAGAAGAAGAAGCCAAAAGAGCUUCGGGCACCACCACAGGCAAGUCCAAGCACAAGCUAACUGCCCUGGGUCAGUGUGCUGACUGUUCAGUGUUGUCCUCCAGUUGUCUUUGAAAGCCUCCCUGUCCUUGCUUUCACUCCACCAUCCACUUGGGAAAACCUCCCACUCUUGUGUCACUUAGCAGCAAAGACCUCAUGCACACACGUGUUGUGGAGCAAGUGUGGUAACCAGCAGCUGUGUGUCUGUAUCCAGGGUAUGCAGGCUGCUUGUGUACGCCUCGGUUUCCAAAUUAAAAACAAGUGGGAGCUGGAGACUCAG